UCUGCAGAUUCUAAAUAGUGAAGUUGAGAAUGACUAGAAUAUUAACUCAUGGAUGAGUAAAACACAGUCAUGAGUGUUGGUCCUCUUGCUGUAGAGAUUAUCUGUGUUUUCAUCUUAUCAGCUUAUCUUUUACAUCGCUAUGGAAACUGGAGAAAGCAGCAUGUCGUAGUAACCUUAGCAACCUUUGUCUCCUGGUAUUUUUCUUUCAUUAUCAUCUUCAUUCUGCCGCUAGACGUGUCAUCCACAAUAUACAAGCAGUGCAUUUAUGACCAUGAGAAACGUGAAGAACUGACAACUGCAUUUCCUCUCAAUAAAUCUGAGUAUGAUGUCCUCUACUCCAGCCCAAGUGAGAAUAAAUCUACAUCUCUUGCCGUGAGUAACUUACUGCCAACUGAUGUGACGACAGAGAAUUCCACACUGGUAUUAGAACUGACAUCUAUUGUACGCCGAGAUAUAUCAAAAGAUUGUGGAAGACCAUGGAGUUAUGUACCAUCAAGCAUACUGCCUGAUAUGUGGAUUAUUGUUUAUUGGACAUCACAGAUACUUACAUG